CCACUCCCUUUAGGGUUAUUGACGACGCUAUAAACAUGCAAAGAAAACUGGAAUUCCUCAGUAAUAUUUCACAACGAACCUAUAGUGAAUAAAUAUGCUGCUAUUUAACGUGGCAAGCAGGUACGUUACUUGAGGUGGCUUUCUAAUCUGGCGGUGUGAUGCCUGACAUAGUACUCGGUGUCUUGGUUCAGCUGCCUGCCUCUGACAGCCCCGCAGGUCAGUUUUCAAAACUAUACAAAGGUGCGUGGGAACAAGAUGGCACUGAUAUUUAAAAUAAAAACUGCGCCCAACACUGAACGGAUAUGACGGAAGUUCAAUCGAAUCGGGUGAAUGUGGAGGCUAGAGGGUCCGCUCGGCAGUUCGGAACUAAACUUUUUAGAUCGAGACAAAGAAACCCCCACACUGGCGAAAGCAAGGUCCUCAUCAAAGUGGCCGUUCUGCGCGAUGAAUUAAAUAGUUUCCUCGAAGUGGGGCUUUUUUUUAUAGCGUUGAAAGUGUUGAUCAAACUGAAAUGUGCAAGCACGUCUUAAUUCACCAAAAAAUUAGAAAAGAGUCAGUGCAGAUAAUCUGAGUGAAGGAUGCAGUGAGGAUGCAGACACCAGCAACGCCCUCCAGGAAAAGGCAAGGGCUAUAUAAGUGGGAGGGACGAGAAGUGAGCUUCACUUCUUCCUUCCCGCUGACAGGCGGUGGGCCAGCUCUGUGGCCAGCUCCUUCCGCACCGCGCGACGCUGCCAUCUCGCAGCAACCCCGGAGCGCGGCUUCUCUGCGGAGGUGGGAAGGCACGGCAGCUGCUCGCGCUGAGAUGACUGGCAGCGUCCUUCACUGAAUCAGUCUACUUUUUUUUUUUGAUUGUAUGCCGAGUUUUCUUUUUUCCCCCCUUUUAUCUUUUUCGUCGUUCAAUUGCAAAAAAGCAAAAUAAAAUUUACCUCAUGGAGCCGAACCCCAGCGCUCGCGAGGAGGGGGCGCCGGCCCCGGGUGGCACAAGCCCCGAGGAAGCCACGGCUCCGAAGCAGGCGGUCACCGACAUGAUGGCACUGUUCACUCGGUUUGGUAAAACACUCCUGUGGCUCAUGCCGAUUUAUCUGACCGGCUACUUCGGGUUGAGUGUGAGUUUUCUGGUUUUCGGACUGAUACUGUGGAUGGGCUGGAAAAUGCGGAGGGAGAGCAAGUGGAACAAACUGAGGGACAGCUUGCACUUCAUGGAGAACGAAGAGACCGUCACCAGGAAAAGGACAAACAAGAGCCUUCCAGCCUGGAUCAACUUCCAAGAUCUCGAACGUGCAGACUGGUUAAACAAGGUUUUGCAGCAAGCAUGGCCAUUUGUUGGCCAAUACCUGGAGAAGCUGUUGGUAAACUCCAUCGCUCCCAUUAUUCGGAGUUCAAACAACCACCUACAAACAUUUGCCUUCACCAAAGUCUGCUUUGGGGUGAAGCCUUUGAAGAUUCAUGGAGUACAGGUGCAUGCAGGUGCAGACAAAAGGCAGGUCUUGCUUGACCUGCAUAUCAGUUACAUUGGUGACUGUGAAAUCAAUGUUGAAGUAAAGAAGUAUUUCUGCAAAGCUGGAGUGAAUGGUAUCCAGCUCCAUGGAAUGCUCCGUGUGAUCCUUGAGCCCUUAAUUGGAGACAUGCCAUUGGUGGGAGCAGUGACCCUGUUCUUCAUCCGCCGCCCAGUGCUGGAGAUUAACUGGACAGGACUCACCAACUUCCUGGAUAUUCCAGGGCUGAGUUCAAAGUCUGACACCGUACUUAUGGACACCAUCGCCUCUUUCCUGGUUUUGCCAAACCGGAUUACCUGCCCUCUUGUUUCAGAGCUCCAUGUGGCUGAGCUCCGUUCUCCUUUGCCUCGGGGAAUAGUACGGAUUCACCUCAUUGAAGGGGCAAGUCUGGAGUCAAAAGAUACAUAUGUCAAAGGACUCAUCAAAGGAAAAUCUGAUCCAUAUGCAAUUGUACGAGUGGGCACACAGACAUUCAUGAGCAAGACUGUCAGUGAAACCUUGAAUCCCAGAUGGAAUGAAAUGUAUGAGGUGAUUGUCCACGAAGUUCCUGGUCAGCUGUUGGAAAUUGAAAUGUUUGAUAAAGACCCAGAUCAGGAUGACUUUCUGGGCAGAAUGCAUCUGGAUCUUGGGGAAGUGAUGAAGAACCAAAUUGUGGAUCAGUGGUUCACUCUAAAUGAUGUGGAGAGGGGAAAAGUUCAUCUGAAACUGGAGUGGCUGACCUUGUACUCUGACCCAGCAAAACUGGAGCAGGCACUUCGUGUAAAUAACUCCAUUGUUGCACAGAACAGUGAGGAACCCUCUGCUGCCAUUAUGGUUGUCUAUGUGGACCAAGCACAGGAUCUCCCGCUAAAGCAAGGAACGAGAGAACCAAAUCCUUUGGUACAGGCUUCACUAUUGGACAAAACCUUCGAGAGCAGGACUGUAUAUAACACAAAUGCCCCAGCCUGGGAGGAUGCCUUUACAUUCUUUGUUCAGAAUCCUCAGCAACAGGAGCUGGAUAUACAGGUUAAAGAUGAUGACCGUCAGUUGAGUCUGGGAUCCCUGUCCCUGUCUCUGUCACAGAUUCUGAUGAGCCCAAAUAUGACCAUUGAUCAGUGGUUCCCACUAGAACACUCUGGACGUAACAGCCAAAUUUAUUUGAAAAUCAUAAUGCGGGUGCUUGUUCCCGAUGCUGUUGAUCUUGAGAAAAUUCCCAGAGCUCGGAAAUCUACAAUGGACAAAGUGCCGGGGCCAUCCAAGCCUGACAAGAUAAAUGCGACUACUUCUAAGUUAGUGGAGGCCUCGGGAUUGGGGGGCCUGAUUCAAGUUCCCUUACCGACUGAAAGCAGUGCUCCCUGCAGUGUGGGGACUGAGGGGGUGAUCCGCAUUCAUUUGUUGGAAGCUGAGAACCUGAUCGCAAAGGACAACUUCAUGAGGGGAAUGGUGAAAGGGAAGUCUGAUCCCUACGUCAAAGUGAGAGCAGGAGCCCAAAGCUUCCGAAGUAGAACUAUUAAAGAAAACCUCAAUCCCAAGUGGCACGAGUUGUACGAGGUGAUUGUAAAUCAAAUUCCUGGUCAGGAGCUUGAGUUUGAGCUCUUUGACAAGGACAUAGAUAAGGAUGAUUUCCUCGGAAGAUUGAAGAUCACCUACAAGGAUAUCAUGAAGAGUAAAUUUAUGGAUGAGUGGUUCAUGCUAAACGAUGUCAAAUCGGGAAAACUUCAUCUGAAGUUGGAAUGGUUGCCACCAAGUAUGGAUUCGAUCAUGUUGUACCAGGUGCUUCAAGCCAACAAGACUAUUUUCACACAGAAUGAGGCAGAACCAUCUGCUGCCAUCUUGUCCGUCUACGUGGACAGAGCACAUGAGCUUCCUCUGAAGAAAGGAAAGAAGCUUCCCAGUGCACUGGCUCAGCUCACUGUCGAUCACACCACAUUUAAAAGUCAGGUUAUUAAUAGCACAGCCCUACCUAUUUGGGAGGAGUCGUUUUCAUUCCUUGUUAGGAAUCCAAAUGCGGAUUGUCUGGAAGUUCAGGUUAAAGAUGACAAUCACACCCUGGGGACUCUUACCAUUCCAAUCACUGAACUGCUGGUCUGCACGAAUCUGACCUUAGAUAAGUGGUUUCAGCUGGAAAAUUCAGGACCCAAUAGCCAAAUUAUGUUGAAGGUUAUUCUUGGGAUCCUAGUUUCUGAGCAUUCCAGCGAGCUUUUCUCAAUUCAGACUCGAGAUCCAACCGGCCACGAGGUGGAAAAUGUGGCAUUCUCAGCUUCAGCGGGUGAUGAGAGUGAACUGAAAGCUGCUUCAUCAUUGGUUAAUGAUCCCAGCAUCCAUUCAGUGGCCUCCUUUACUUCAGAGCAAAAUGCCAACAUUCCAGAGAGCGAGUCAGCAUCAUCUGAACUGGACCUGCGUCAGAGAAUGAAUCGCAAAAUGGAUGUUUCAGAGUCGCCACAAAUCAAGCUGACACUGCUGUAUAGCAUGCAACAAGAAAGACUGCUGCUUGUAGUGCAUUCCUGCAGGAACCUCCAUUCCAGGGAGAUCCCGGACCCGUAUAUCUCUCUAAUUCUGCUCCCUGACAAAAAUAAAGUGACAAAGAGAAAAACAAGUGUGAAGAAGAAAACAAUUAAUCCGGAAUAUAAUGAAACAUUUGAGUUUGAAAUAUCGUUGGAGGAAGCAGAGAAGAAAAAGCUGGACCUCACUGUAAAAAACAAUGUUUCCUUUAUGUCCAAAGAGAUUGGAAAGCUCCAUGUUGAUCUUUCACUGCUUGACCUGAGUCAGGAGAUAGUGCAGUGGUUCGAUUUGAAGGAAGAAUAAUAUACUGUUGCCUUAACAAGCCCAUCGUUCAGUUUGGUUUAUGACCAACUAUUUUUAAAUUGUUUUGCUUCCACUGAAGUAUUUUGUGCCGCUUUAAGUAUUAUGUUCAAUUUUUUUUAAAUGGCUUUUAUAUUCAUUGUUCAUGUUUUAGCUUUAAUUCACAAAGAAAUUCCAAAGACUAUAAUCGGAGUAUUAAGUAAGUCACUGCUCAUUCUGUUUUACUAUAAUUCUCGUUUGAAAACUGUUAUCAUGAUUCAGCAUUUUAUGUUGCAUAAGGUCAAUUCUAAGGGCACGUAGUUGUGUUUGUCUCUUGGAAACUGUUUAUUUUCUUCUCAGAUCCAGUGGGAUGGAAGUGAACAAUAACAUCCUAUAUGGGAGAUCCUGCUAAGGGUUUUUUUUCUCCUAAGGAUUUCAAAACUGCUUGCCAUUUAAUGGAGAAUGGGCAGGCUCACCAGAAGGAUAGCUGGUGUGAGAAAUGGGUGACUGGUGCAGAUGAAACAUAUGCAUGUGGGAGUGAGGCAGAACUAACGUGGUAGCUUCAUUAUGGAUCUAAAUUGUGCAAUUCUUGAUAAACAAGUAGUGGAAAGCAGUUUUGUCAACAAGACUUAAAAAAAAAAUUAAGAUAAUCCAAAAUGACAACCUCCAUCGCAUGAAAUGGAAGACAAAAUUCUACUUUUAAAGUCCAUAAGAUAUAAUACAAGCAUUGUUCAAAAAGAGUUUCAUCACAGAUUAAAUCUGAACUUUAGACCCAUCAUUAUCCUGACGGGGAGAUGUGCUAGUGCUACUUGGGAACAUGUAAACUAGUCUGGCAGGGAGUAGAGACCCAAACAAAUACAGCCUGAUAUAGAUGUUAAUGUGGGUAAAUUUAGUAGAGAGGAAAGGCAAGGAGCGAGGCGGUCAAAACCGCAUUUAUUUCAUUGGGAGAAGCCUGCCGGAUAUGUGGAAUUGUGUUUCCAGGAAAGUUAAAAAAAAAAAUCCAAUACAGACACCCCUAUUUAUGAGGGGACAAUUUAAGAACAACUCAGGAACAAGAUGGCAGGUGACUGAAGUGCCAUUUUUGGACCAGUGACCAUAAAUCUAUUAACGUAUAAAAUAGUUAUGGGGAAAAAAAACAGGUUUUGAAGGUAUUAGACAGGAACUUGCAGAGUUUGAUUUAGAGAUACUGUUCACUAGUAAAGGGAUGUCUGGCCAGUGGGAAGCUUUUAAAGGUGAGACGGAGAGAGUUCAGGGACAGCGUGUUUCUCGUGGAGUAAAAGGCAAGGCUGGCUGGUUAAAGGAGCCCUGGUUGAUGAGGGAUAUUGAGGCGCUCAUCACCAAAAUGGAGAUAUAUUUUGGUAUAGGCAGCUGGAAUCAAACAUAUCCCUUAAAGAAUGUCAGGAUUAUAAGAGUAUAGAGUAAGGGGGCGAAAUCACGAUGACAAAAAGAGAAAGUGUGAGCUCUGACAGACAAGAUCAAGGUACAUUCUAAGAGAUUCUACAGGUAUAUCAAGAGAAUAAGGUCCCUUUAAUUAUCAAAAUUUUCAUAUGCUGAAAUCAAAAGAAUUGUUGGAAACGAGUAGUUACAAAAAACCUACUCUUUAUAUAUGAAGCUUGGAAGGGGGGAGGGUUCUUGGGAGACAUCCUCAGCAAUAUAACAGCACUGGUAAUACUGACUGGGCAAAAGUACACUGUAACCCAUCCUACCCACUGUAGUUUGGAUCAAUUUCAACAUCAAUCAAAAAGUGUUCAAAGAUUUUAACAAGUCAGUAAGUAGAAGAACAACAUACUAACAAGCAAAGCUGUGCAGCCACUGGAAAUCGGCAAUUAGAAACUAAAAACAUUGGAAACCCUCAGCUGGUCAGGCAGCAUCUGCGAAAAAAGAGAUAAUGUUUCAGAUCAAAGAUUCUUUACUGGAUCACAUUGUUAAGAGAAGUGAAAGUAUUCUUUGAUAGGUUUAUUUACCAUUACUAUGUUAUUAACCUGACAAAAUCAGUAAUCUAUUGGAAAUAUGCCUGAAGCCAAGUACUGGGGCUCACCAGAUCAUACACCGGGUCCCAUACCAGGUGAAGUACCAGUGAGCUGUCAAUUCCAUUUAGCUGUCUCAUGCCACUUAUCUAUACUCUCCUUCCCAAAAUCUCAGCAAGCUCAAAAGUUCUGUGGACAGAAUGGAGAGAGGAAAAAGGAAGCAGCAAACAAAACCAAGCAGUGGCCAUUUUAUUGUGUAAACAGGAACAUGUAAUAUCUUCCAAAUGGAUCUGGUAAAUAGCUAUUCUUUGGCAAACUUAAGGAUCAAAAACUGAAUGGUGUUCACUUUUCCUCUCACAUCCUAACGUAUUGAAUGGGCUUACUCCAGGUUUGAGGCAGGCAUUCAGAACUCCCAGCUGCUAAUCUGAAAGUUCCAAUUACUCGAGUGGUGGUUAGAAUGCUAGAUGUUGUCUGGAAAAUUAGCCCAAACCAACCCCCGUCCUAAAAAUUAGGCAACAGACAGCCACUGAUGCAUAAGGAUAGCCAGCAACUGAAAUAUCUUUAUACCUUUAACCAACCAGCCUUUUCUCAAAUUCCAGAAUUUUUCAGUGUUGAUGUGCCUAGACACUUUAUUGUGGGGUGAAAAAGACCAUUGCCCCUUUUUUUAAUCAGAGCAAUUUGAGAGCCUUUUUCUGGUUAGCUCUUCUAGAAUACCAGUUGAAGUAUUCCAGUAAAAAAGGGGACUCAGUAAUUCAGGCAUGAGAUUUCUCCGUGGACUUUGAAAUUCAGUUAAAAAAAAAAAAUCUGUCUAAAUCUCUGCUAUAAAUGGCUUUCCGCGAGACAGCGAGCCGCUGCGCUGAUGGUUGAGCGCGUGGAAAUCCUCGGAGUCGAUUUUAGCGGUGCGGGCCGACCGUCUUUGCAUGUGCAUCUCUACGGCUAGCGGUCAGCUCCGCACAUGUAGUGUAGCGGUUUUCCUCUGUCCCCUAGGCCUACUGUACCGGGGUUGGGGCGGGGAGCAGAGUUAUGUACACAAACACAACGCUCACAUUGCAUUCAAGAGUCUGUAUGCCAUAGACACUACAAUGUUCUUUUUUUUAAAUACCCGAUUCAAUCAGGUAAAAUGUGUUAUUGUAAGGUAUCAUUUUUUUAAAAAUACAGUAUAAAUUAUGGGUAAACAAGCAAGAAAAUUGUAAUUUCAAGGUAUAAUUAUCCAAAAAUCAUCCAAAUUUUUCUGUGUAAAGGAUACUUCUUUCUAAUUAGAGUAAACCAGCAAGGAACAGGUAUCAAGUUACAAGUAGGUGUAAUAUAAAAUAUUUUCAAUAUGACUUGAGUGUAAACAAGCAAGAAGUUGGUGUCAUUUUAAGGUAUGAUUAUCACAAAUUUUCUGUGUAAAUUAAGUGACAAGCAAGUAAAAUGUGUUAUUUUAAGUUACAAUUUAAAAAUAUAUAUAGUAUAAAUUAAGGGUAAACAGGCAAGACAGUGUCAUUUCAAGGUACAAUUAUCAAAAAAUUUCAUAAUUGAGAUCCUCAUCUCUCUUCCUCUGUUUUCAGUUUUUUCCUGUCUCAUGCCUGGUAAUUCUUAAAAUAUAUUUGGGCAGGAGUGAACAUUUUGACAAUAAAAUGAGGGGGAACUUCUUUACUCAGAGAGUGGUAGCGGUGUGGAAUGAGCUUCCAGUGGAAGUGGUGGAGGCAGGUUCAUUGGUAUCAUUUAAAAAUAAAUUGGAUAGGCAUAUGGAUGAGAAGGGAAUGGAGGGUUAUGGUAUGAGUGCAGGCAGGUGGGACUAAGGGGAAAAAAAAUUUGUUCGGCACGGACUUGUAGGGCCGAGAUGGCCUGUUUCCGUGCUGUAAUUGUUAUAUGGUUAUAAAAUAUUUUGAUUGAUAUUCCUCUUUAAAGUCUGCAAGCUACUGUCCCUCCAGUGAAUGAUGGAACCACGACACGUCCCUGUAAAGACCACUUUGCUGUAAAUAAAUUAAAACUGAAGUUGAAAGAUUGAGUUAAUGUCCUCAAGAAUGGGAAUAACCAGAAAAUAACUGUCCUGAUGAUUUCCUUAGCUUAUUCCCAUGGUUUAACCAACUGGUCAGGAACAACAACUUUACAUAUGCCUUGUACUGUAUAUUCACAUCUUACAGCUCACAAAUAUAACAAGUCUAAAUGAAAAUGAAAAUAAACAUGAACAAAUUUCCACAGUGCAAUGUUUUAACGUUGGGUUAGAUACCUACCUAAGUUUUCAGCACUGAAAACGUAUCUCACAUAAUCAAAAUGUCAUAAUAUACUUUUAAAAAUGUGCCCUGUUUCACAUUAUGAUCUCUGCAGCCUGAGCUCUAUUGACAUUCAGUGGUUAUCACAAACCCAAGGACGGAAGUAUUCUAAUUAUGAAACACCUACACACUUCAGUGCAAUUGGCAGCUUUAGUUCUUAAAUCGUCUGGAUAAUACAUGAAAUGAAAUCAGGAAAAGAUGAGCAUUCAGUCCAUCAAUCAACUCACUUCAUCCACCAGUUAUUAAUUAUUUUGUUAAGGACAACCCAUUUGCCCAUACUCUAUGAAGCACAAAAUUGGUCCCUAAACCUUCACUAAAAAUACCAAAUCAGCUGUUGCUAUCUCUCCCAACUAAAAUUGCUAUCAAUGUAGCUCCUUUUAAAAGUUAAUUAAAUCACCUCCACCAAUUGAGGACAUUUUGCGUGUCCAUUUUUAACUAGUUGUUAAAAAAAGGGAUUGAGGUUGAAUGGUUAACAAUUUGGAAAUUCUGUAACAUGAAUACAAAAUCUCAGAUAGUAUGUAAAAGCCAUUGGUGUAAUUAUGCAUCCAUGAAACAUCAGUUGAAAUUCAAAGUUCUUAUUUAAUGUUCAGAGGUGCAAUUGCCUUGUAUUCCCACAAGGUGUUGCUACUAUGCUUUCUAAUUACAGACUGAAAUUACCAUGCUUCCAGAUGACAGAUCUGCAUGGCAGGAAGAGGUGGUAUUGCGCUGUUUCUGAAUGCUAAAUAGUAAAUUUGGAUGCAAAUGGAAAGUCAGAAUUAAGCUCUUCCCCCUCAGCCACAUUAUAUCAAAACUAUCAAGCAGAUUUAUCUUUUUUUUUUAACUCCAUUUUAAUUUCAGGAAAAAAAACUUAUUAAUAUCCAUUAUGUUUAGAAAAACAAAAUCCCUGUCUCAGUUAAAUUAAUGACACUUUAAAACAGAGUACAUCAACUAAUGUCACUGAAAUAAACUAGUUAAUUAUUGCAAAAAUUGCACCAUGAAAUUUGAUGUCAAGAAUGAUCAAUGCAAGUGUAAGCACAUUUAGACAAAAUAUUUUAAACUAUUAAAUAACCAAGGCCACUAAUCUUAAUAUUUUAGUGUUUACACCCAUCUAAACUUUGAAAAAGAACAAAAAAAGGUGGGUGUGCUGGAGCUGAACUUACUAAUUAAUGACUUCCCCAGACAGAAGCUGGUCUUCAGACAAUUUUGAAAGGGCAACCUUCUUUCUGGUUUGGGUAUGAUAACAUUUAAUGGUUUCAUUAUGUUUCAAACAAAAUGUAACAGGACGUUACUACACAUUGAAAAAUAAAUAAAAUGCAUUUGUAAUUUGAAUUCUUAUCUUUAAUUAUUACAGAGGAUUCCUUCCAAUAGGAAUGUGGUUUGAUGCCAUUCUUCUGAAUAUCUUGAAUGUAUCAGUUAUCAAACAUGACAAACGUAAAUUAAACUACUACUCUUAUGGUUAAAUGCUGCCAAAUUAUAGUAUAAUUGCAUAAUAGCACAUUGUGAUUCAGGCACUUAUGUAUAUCACAUUACGUGAAUUUAAAAGGAAAGAGAUGAAUAAUUCUGCAUGUACAUUUAUUGUUUUGCUGUAUGUAUAUAUAAUCUUAAUAAAGUAACACAAAUGCA